AUUAAAAAGAUAUCUGAAGACUGCGCAAAUUAUACAGAAUCGCUUUCAGCUACAUUUUUAGUGUGCAUUUGUAUUCGACAUCCCAAAUGGAGUGCAUCUCAUCACCUAGGCUACAACAAAUUAGGGUUGGGAUUGACCAUCACCCAUCUGCAUCAGCUGCGAAUGGCUUCGAUGCAAAAGAAGCUCAUGCCAAAGAACAUGCCACAUAUCAAGAUAAUCUCUUAUCAAAAUGCCCUGCUCAUCUGUGGUCAAAGGCUUCCUAUCGCGCGGCCAGUCCACGCCCAAUUCUCGUCACUGAGCAUCAUCAGCAACGAGUGGAGGCGUUGUCCGAGGCAUUGACUACCGCUUUGACCAGCAUCGUCAAGAGAUGGUGGAGCGACGAAGAAGCGCGAUUCUUCGAGCGCAUGCCCCUUACAAGAGAUGAAGAAGAGCUCCUGAGGUGGCUUGACGAUCAAGUAUCGCAGGGAAAGUUGAAGGAUUACUCUGCAUGCAGGGGAUCUUGGAGACCGGAUUUCUUGAUCGAAGAGCGCGCGGGGUCUAGGGAUGGGGUGGCCAUAGAGAACUUCAUGAUCACGGAGAUCAAUGCUCGCUUCUCGUUUAACGGGGCCUUUUACGUCUCAUAUGGGCAGGAUGUGCUAGAUGAGAUGCCCCUGGGACAGUUAAACUUAAGUAGUACAACGACUUCCGCGACAAUGCUAAAUGGUUUGCGGACCCUCUUCAAUCCGACCGUGCCCUUGCACCUCCUUAUUGAAGAGGAGGCAGGAAUUGACAUCCAUAUGUUCGUUCACGCUGCGCAGGACAAAUUCGGGCUUACUCCGCGAAUGAUCAGGCCAUCAGACCUCAGACUAGAACCUAGUCCCGACACGCACAGCGGGUAUAAGCUAUGCUGCUUAACAAAAGGAGAUGGGGCAGGCGAAAUGAUUCCUCCUCCACCUACAUUCGUCAAUGACAAAGGCGAGACAGUAGAAGAGAUUCUCCAGGUGGGCUUAGAGCUCCGCCAGCACGAGCUCUUUGGUCUGCCGCGGGAAAUACUACGACAUAUAAGCCUCUGCUGCUUCAACGACCUUCGAACCUUGUUACUGGUCCACGACAAACGCAUGCUCGGCAUCGUGAAGCAGGAACUAGGACGCUUGGUGAAACAGCAGGUAUUGACGCCGGCUCAAGCGCGGGUCUUGGAUGAAGGCAUUGUGGACACAUACCUUCCUAAUUCACCCCAGCUAUCUAGCCUUCUACAGAAGUCGAUCUCUGAACCCAGUCUGAAGGACGACUACAUCCUUAAGCCGGUUCGAGGCGGGAAAGGAGCGGGUAUCAUAUUUGGGGAUGACCUGACCGCCGAGGAGUGGCUGUCUAAGCUCACUGGCCUACUGUCCCAGGCCCCUUUCUUGGGGACGACUUAUGUCAUCCAACGUAGAGUCAAUCAUUGCCUGUAUGACUUGGUAAUGCCUGCGUCGGUGGAGAAGGUGAGAUAUCCUCUUGUUGGAACGUUCCACAUAUUCCACGGGAGGUUCUGUGGUCUGGGCAUUUGGCGCUCGAGUGCAGAGCGCAUUUGCGCCAUUAGCUCGGGAGGUUCCAUGCUUUGUUCUGUCAGCAGAAGCUUGUGAUUGAAGGUGUCGAAGGCUUGUGGUUAAAUC